CAGAGAACCACACCUCGUGCCGGGGCUGGAAGUUCCCAGAGCAGGGAAAUUUCCACGCCGGCCAAGGCAGCCCGUCCCGGGAGGCGCCCGAAGGAAACUGACCAGCCCGGAGGAGGAGACGGCUGUCGUUCAAGUAGAUUUCCAAAGAAGGAAGAACGUUCUCAUCAGCAGCUCUGUUUGGAAGCCGGAAGGAAUUUCCCACUCUUUGUAACCCAAGAGUGGCCCUGGAAAUGCCGGUCGACGUUUGAAUUUUUGACCAAGCAGCAGAAACUACUUUGGGGCGGGAGCAAACCCUUCUUGCGUGGUGCCACAGAGGUCCGGCCAAGAGGGUGGAUUACCGGAAUCCGUGAGGAGAUCAACACAUCAGCUAGAAAGCUGGAAUCCUCGACGAAUAUGAGUGAUUUUUGGCACAAGCUGGGUUGUUGCGUAGUAGAGAAACCACAGCCGAAAAAGAAGAGGCGGCGAAUCGACCGCAGCAUGAUAGGGGAGCCGCUGAACUUUGUCCACCUGACGCACAUCGGGUCCGGAGACAUGGCAAAUGAAGGGCUGCCCAUGACGGGGGCAGUCCAGGAAAUGAGAUCCAAAUGCGGCCGGGAGCGACAGUGGAGCAACUCCCGCGGCUUGUAGCUCUGCCUUCUUCCCGCCUUCUCCAGCGUUCCAGGCUAAUUAAUUAAAAAAAACCAAAAACAGAAAGAAAGAAAGAAAUAUAUGUGUAUAUAUAUAUAUAAAAACAGCCCACACUUGAAUUACCUGUUUGAGCUUGUCAGAACAAGUUGGAAACGCAAGACAUCUCCCGGUGAAGUCGACUCAGUAACUUAUGCAAACUGAUUUCCAAAUGUUCUGGGCCUUUUUUUUUUUUUUGCCUUCCCCUUUUUAAA